AUGUAUGGAAGUGCAAGAACAAUCACCAAUCUGGAAGGUAGCCCUUCCAGAUCUCCUCGUUUGCCAAGGUCUCCUCGUUUGGGCCACAGAAGAACAAGUAGUGGGGGAGGGGGAGGAACAGGCAAGACUCUGUCUAUGGAGAAUAUCCAGUCCCUUAAUGCAGCCUAUGCUACGUCUGGACCCAUGUAUCUGAGUGAUCAUGAGGGAGUGGCUUCAACGACUUACCCAAAGGGUACCAUGACUUUGGGAAGGGCCACAAAUCGAGCUGUGUAUGGAGGCCGAGUCACAGCCAUGGGGAGUAGUCCCAAUAUUGCUUCCGCUGGACUUUCUCACACAGAUGUCCUUUCAUUCACGGAUCAGCAUGGUGGUCUGACCAGCUCAUCCCAUCAUCACCACCACCAGGUACCCUCCAUGUUGAGGCAGGUAAGAGAUAGCACAAUGUUGGAUCUUCAAGCCCAGCUCAAGGAACUCCAGAGAGAGAAUGACCUCCUCCGGAAAGAGCUAGACAUCAAGGACAGCAAGUUGGGCUCUUCCAUGAACAGUAUCAAGACUUUCUGGAGUCCUGAGCUUAAGAAGGAAAGAGUCUUGAGGAAAGAAGAGGCAGCCCGGAUGUCCGUCCUCAAGGAGCAGAUGAGGGUUUCCCAUGAAGAAAAUCAGUUACUGGAUGCCAGAAGAACCAAGCACCUGCAGUUGACGAUCCAGGCCCUUCAGGAUGAGCUGCGAACCCAGAGAGACCUCAACCACCUCCUGCAGCAAGAGAGUGGUAACCGAGGAGCCGAGCACUUCACCAUUGAGCUGACUGAGGAGAACUUCAGGCGGCUCCAAGCCGAGCAUGACAGGCAGGCUAAGGAGCUAUUCCUUUUGAGGAAGACGUUGGAGGAAAUGGAGCUGAGAAUUGAAACGCAGAAACAGACCCUCAAUGCCCGAGAUGAGUCGAUUAAAAAGCUUCUUGAGAUGUUGCAAAGUAAAGGUUUGCCGUCCAAAAGCCUAGAGGAUGACAAUGAACGAACGCGGCGGAUGGCAGAGGCUGAGUCUCAGGUCAGCCACCUGGAAGUGAUUUUAGACCAAAAAGAGAAGGAAAACAUACAUCUUAGAGAGGAAUUGCACCGAAGAAGCCAACUUCAACCGGAGCCAGCCAAGACGAAGGCUCUCCAGACUGUCAUUGAAAUGAAGGACACAAAAAUCGCUUCAUUGGAGCGAAACAUAAGGGAUCUCGAGGAUGAGAUCCAGAUGUUAAAAGCCAAUGGUGUGCUGAACACUGAGGACCGCGAAGAAGAGAUUAAGCAAAUAGAGGUUUACAAAAGUCACUCCAAGUUUAUGAAGACCAAGAUUGAUCAGCUGAAGCAGGAACUUUCAAAGAAGGAGUCAGAACUUCUUGCCUUACAAACAAAGCUUGAAACCCUUAGCAAUCAAAAUUCAGAUUGCAAGCAACACAUUGAAGUGCUUAAAGAGUCUCUUACUGCCAAAGAACAGAGGGCUGCCAUCCUUCAGACUGAGGUAGAUGCACUGAGAUUACGACUAGAAGAAAAAGAAUCUUUUCUCAAUAAAAAAACAAAACAGCUGCAGGACCUUACAGAAGAGAAGGGGACACUGGCCGGAGAGAUUCGUGACAUGAAAGAUAUGUUAGAAGUGAAGGAAAGAAAAAUCAAUGUUCUUCAGAAAAAGAUUGAAAACCUGCAAGAACAACUUAGGGAUAAAGACAAGCAACUGACCAAUCUGAAAGACAGAGUGAAGUCCUUGCAGACGGAUUCCAGCAAUACGGAUACUGCGCUGGCAACAUUAGAGGAGGCUCUGUCAGAGAAGGAGAGAAUAAUUGAGCGCUUGAAAGAACAGAGGGAGAGAGAUGAUCGGGAAAGACUAGAAGAGAUAGAAUCCUUCCGAAAAGAGAACAAAGACCUGAAAGAGAAGGUCAAUGCUUUACAGGCUGAACUGACUGAGAAAGAGUCUAGUUUAAUUGACCUCAAAGAACACGCAUCUUCAUUAGCCUCUGCAGGGCUGAAAAGGGACUCCAAAUUAAAAUCUCUAGAAAUAGCCAUCGAACAAAAGAAAGAGGAAUGUAGCAAAUUGGAAGCACAGUUAAAAAAGCAGGCUGAGCAGUUGUUCAAUCAGAUGUACAACCCAGCACAUAAUAUUGAAGAUGACUCCAGGAUGAACCCCGAGUUUGCAGACCGAAUAAAGCAGCUUGAUAAAGAGGCCUCUUUCUACCGCGAUGAGUGUGGCAAGGCCCAAGCAGAAGUCGACCGGUUGCUGGAGAUCCUCAAGGAGGUGGAGAACGAAAAGAACGACAAGGAUAAGAAGAUCGCGGAACUUGAGAGCUUGACUCUAAGGCAUAUGAAGGAUCAGAAUAAAAAGGUGGCUAACCUCAAGCAUAAUCAACAGUUGGAAAAGAAGAAGAACGCCCAGUUAUUGGAAGAAGUCCGCAGACGAGAAGAUAGCAUGGCCGACAACUCACAGCAUUUGCAGAUAGAGGAGCUGAUGAAUGCGUUGGAGAAGACCAGACAGGAACUGGAUGCAACCAAAGCACGUCUCGCCUCCACACAGCAGUCCCUGGCUGAGAAAGAAGCGCAUUUGGCCAACCUCCGGAUAGAAAGGAGAAAGCAGCUGGAGGAGAUCCUGGAGAUGAAACAGGAAGCACUACUUGCAGCAAUCAGUGAAAAAGAUGCAAAUAUUGCCUUGCUGGAAUUGUCUGCCUCCAAAAAGAAAAAGACGCAGGAAGAAGUCAUGGCCCUCAAGCGGGAAAAAGACCGACUAGUUCAUCAGUUAAAGCAGCAGACCCAGAACAGAAUGAAGCUGAUGGCAGACAACUACGAUGAAGACCAUCACCAUUACCACCACCACCACCACCACCACCACCAUCGAUCUCCCGGGAGGUCACAACAUCCCAAUCACAGGCCUUCUCCGGACCAGUGCAUUGAGCAGCAGCGCAAAGCCGUGAGAGUGCCACCUAUGGUUUUGGCUGCAGCUACUCAACCCUGCCCUUGCAUUGCAAAAGCUGCCAGAGACCAUAAGGAAAUGAACGGCCAUGGCUGUGGGCCAGUUACAACUCUGUACCCCAGGUGUAAGGAGUGUGAGGAGGAACUGCAUGUCCACGUCUCUGCCCAGACAUGGACGAGAGACUUCCUAUCCCCAUCUCUGAGGAUCUGGACAAAGGAGGGCUGUCAGUGGUUUGAGAAGGAAAAGAAGGGGAGCAUUCCAGGAGGGCCUUUGGCCUGCCGGGGCCUCAGCCACAGGUCUGGUCCCGGUCCCGAGGAGGAACUGGGUAAUGAAAUCAUCGUCACGAGAGGGUCAUGGAACUUUGUGCCACAUAAAGGCAGGCGGGAUGGCAAUGGAAAGAGCAACCUGGGUGUGUGCCCCACUCCCACCAAGGCCAAAGUCUCAUGA